AUGGCUUCAGGCUCAAAACCGGCUGAGAACAAGCUGUGGGGAGGUCGAUUUACUGGCGGUCUCGACCCCCUCAUGGAGCAGUAUAACGAGAGUAUUCAUUUCGACAAGCACCUUCACAAGCAGGAUAUCUACGGAAGCAUUGCCUUCGCUCGCGCAAACUUCAACAACGGCAUUCUUACUCAACACGAGUUCGAGGAGAUCGAGAGGGGCCUGCUGGAAGUCGAGAAGGAAUGGGAGGCUGACAACUUCAAGAUCGUCCAGGGUGAUGAGGACAUUCACACUGCCAACGAGCGCAGGCUUGGCGAGAUCAUUGGCAAGGACAUUGCCGGAAAGCUUCACACCGGCCGAAGCCGUAACGAGCAGGUCGUCUGCGACAUGCGCUUGUGGCUCCGCGACGAGCUCCGCAAGCUCGAGGGGCACCUUAUCAGCUUCUUGACGGUCACCGCCAACCGAGCAGAGAAGGAGAUCGACUACAUCAUGCCCGGUUACACCCACCUGCAGCGUGCCCAGCCCGUCCGCUGGAGCCACUGGAUGCUUUCCUACGCCGUGGCUUUUGCUGACGACCUCGAGCGCCUCCGCGAGAUCAUUAAGCGUGUGAACAGGAACCCGUUGGGCUGCGGCGCGCUGGCUGGCAACCCCUUCAACAUCGACCGUGAGGCUAUCUCCAAGGAGCUCGGCUUCGAGCGCCUGCUGUGGAACUCCAUGGCCGGUGUUGCCGACCGUGACUUCGUCACUGAGUCCCUUACAUGGGGCUCCAUUUUGAUGCAGCACAUCUCUCGCUGGUCUGAAGAUCUGAUUAUUUACUCCUCUGGCGAGUUUGGCUUCGUUCGCCUCGCCGACGCCUACUCAACGGGUAGUUCCCUCAUGCCGCAGAAGAAGAACCCGGACAGUUUAGAACUAUUGCGCGGUAAGAGUGGCCGUGUCUUUGGCCAGAUGGCCGGCCUCAUGAUGACCCAGAAGGGUCUCCCCAGCACCUACAACAAGGACCUCCAGGAGUCCUGGGAGCCCAUGCUUGGUCAUAUCAAGACCGUCAGCGACAGCAUUCAGAUCGCCGAGGGCGUCCUCUCCACCCUCGAUACCCAACCCGAGAAGAUGAAGGCGGCUCUUGACCCCUUCAUGCUCGCCACCGAUCUGGCCGACUACCUUGUCCGUAAGGGCGUCCCCUUCCGCGAGACCCACCACAUUUCCGGCCGCUGCGUUGCCCUGUCGGAGAAGACGGGCAUCCCGAUGAAUGAGCUCUCCUUCGAGCAGCUCAAGGGCGUCGACGCCCGUUUCGAGGAGGACAUUGCAGAGACCUUCAACUACGAGAAGAGCGUCGAGAUGAGGGCUUCCAAGGGCGGAACCAGCAGGUCCAGCGUCCUCGAACAGAUUGCUGUUCUCCGUGCCUCUCUGCAGUAG